AACAAGGUUCACCAACUCCUACGCCAUCAACUUUUUUUUAUUCAUUAUUGUUAUCAUCCUCCUCGCCGGGACAUUCCCUCCCUCCCCUUCCCUCUUCUCUCUUCCUUGUCUCAGAUAAUAGUAAUAUCUAUCUUACCCUUCAAAAUGUCGAGAUCUUCAAUGUCACCCACCGAGGAGAACAGCAACACGAGCAGCAACAACAAUAAUAAUCCUCCCACUAGCACCCGCGGCAGACGACGCUCUCACCACGCCUGUCUGACUUGCAGACGAAAGAAGACCCGUUGCCCAGGCGAGAAGCCAGCAUGCUCCAGCUGCGUCCGCCUCAAACAGUCAUGCUCCUAUCCCCCGGCAGUCAGGCCCUCCCAGAGCGGUCCUUCGGUACGUUGUGCAUGGGGUUUUGCACACGCAAAAAAACAACAAAAAAAACAUAACUUGACGAUUUUAAUUAGGAGGAGAGAUUGGCCCAUCUGGAAGAGAAGCUUGACUUCUUGCUGAAUGGAAGCUUGCCUACGUCACAACAAAAACAGAACCAACACCACCAGCAAAACCAUCACCAACAGCAACAGCUCGAUUCGGCCCUCGAAGAAACAACAGACACGUCCGAAAAGUCAUACUCUGGCGUGCGAAACACGCGCGAGCACAGUUACCCUACAAGCCAUCCCUCAGUAAAGUCCGAAUCCGAGAACUCGUCGCUGCGACCGAGCCAUUCCGAUAUCGCUGUUGGCAUCUCAUUGUACUUUGAGUUCUGCCAUCGACAGCCAAUAUGGUGUUUUGAGCGCGACGAGGUCAGGGACUUUGGGUCUAUGCAUGAUGAGCUUGCUUGCAGCAUUCUCGCCUUGACGUUGCGAUUCUCUGACAAUGGGGAUCAGGCAAAGUUGUACGCCAACAAUGCCAAGAGUCUCAUCAUGCUGAGGAUCGCAAAUGGGACUGUAGAUCUUGCGACGCUUGAGAGUCUCUGUCUUCUGUCCUAUUCUUCAUUCAUUGACGGUAAUGUUCACCUUGGCCAAUUCCACCUCGGCCUUGCGCAUCAAUUAUGUCGCUCUGCGAUGCUGGACGUCGAGACCGUUUACGGCAUGGAAGAUCCCAUGUCGGACCGCAAGAAGAGGCUAUUCUGGAGUCUACAGAUGCUUGAACAAUCCUACGGCCGACAAGAAGGUCUUUUGAGCGUACCAACAGAGAUCUGGCGCCCGGCCUAUUCCACUACUCGAGGCCCAAUGCCAGACCCAAGAGCGCCGACUCUCCCCAGGGAUGAUCUCGGUUGCCAGCACCAGAACGAACCUGGUAUCUGGAACACCAGCGUUCAUCUCGGCUGGGUCUGGAGUCAAGUGCGAAAAUACGUCUCCGACUGCUCACACAACAACAUCAAGGAGCCUUGGCGACAUGACUCGAUGUACGCCAAAGUCCUCGCCGACUUUAUGGAGACGGAGAACAGGAUACCCAUGUGCCAUCGCUAUGACACUGUCAAAUUCUACGAGCGCAAGGUCGAGGACCUAAAGAUGCAUCGCGAUUACUGGGCGCCGUGGUUGAAGGAACAGUUCACAUACCAUGUCAUUCCGACCGUAUUGAACCAUCCUUUCUUGUACAUCGUGGGAGCCCAGCACAACCCCAACCUCGCCAUCCCAAACACUUUUUGGAGGCGAUCGUCAGAAUUGGCACUUCUACAUUCCACAUGGAUCGUUCGCAUGAUCGACAUGGUCGUCGAUAAGCAAGUACCGCUUGCAGAUCCUUUCUUCGGCCACGUCGCUGCCAUUGCGGCGACGGUGCACCUGUACUACUGCUGUGCGGCUGCGACGCGAUUGAAGCACAAGUCAAACACGGACUUUGCCAAGUGCAGGCGAUUUUUGAAGACCUUUAUGCACACCUCAGCAGCUUGCAGAGCAUUGGACCGCAAUCUUGAUAAGAUGACGCGCAUCGCUGCAGGUACAUCUGAUAGCAUGGACGUUGAAGACUGGAUGCCCUCAAAGAUCUACCUCAGCGUCCCUCUCAUGUGGAAGAUCCUCCAGUUCAACACCUUUGCAGACUCCCACGAGCUCCCAACAGCUGGUCUUCUCAACCAAUCCCUCGUGCCAAACCCCACCAACGAGGAUGCAAAUGAGAACGUCACGCUGGAGAUCAUCGUCGCCAGCGCACCGGAGAUCACAAUCAACACUGCAGACGGCGGCCAAGAAGCGCCAACGCUAUCUUACAAGGCCCCGCUCUCGUCGCAGGGUCCAGACUCUGCGCGCGACACUGUCUACGACGAGGUGCCAGUGGACGAUAACUUGACGCUAUGUACUACGCCAUGGCUCUACGCGGACUCGUCGCAGUUCGUCAACAUUGCCGACAUGGGCUGCGAUGACCCCCAACCCGCCCUCAACGAGAACAGAGGGCCUGCAUGGUGGGAAGGUGAAAAUUUUAGUAAUAUCAUGUUUAAUCACUUUUAGGAGUAUGGUAAAUGGAACUUGGGUAUGGACAAAAAGGCUAGGGUAGGGUAGUGGAGAUCUGAUCUGCAGCAGAGACACGUACAGUAGAAUAUUCUCUUGCUUAAUUGAGACGUCUAGAACUGGGCAUGUUACCUUCUCCCGUCAUUCCACGCAUAACGAGUCUUGUCAUUCCCUGUUUUAGAUCAA